AUGUCCGUCAAUUCGAGUUUCUUUCUUUUAACACUUCAUUUUGUGAUAAUAUCGCUCCAGAAACUGCACAGCAAUGCGUUUAUCGACUUUGGUGAAAGGGGAAUUGUGGAAGCCGUCGUAUUUGCAGAAUUCACAUCUCAAUUUAGAGAGCCGUAUAAUCUGCUUUAUUUCAAGUCUGCAUUUCUUGUGGUUCACUGUCAGUUGAGAAAUCGCAGCAGCGAUACUCAAAACUCGCGUAAUGUGUUAGUCAAUCAGUAUUCCUCUCAAGGUAUGACUCCAAUUGUCACUAUCAUCACUUUAAGCUGGUCAAAAUCUUACUUCUUCGACCAACUUGUCCAAGGCGAAGACUCUUACUGGACGAUGAAUAUUUCAAAGCAAGAACUAUCGGAGCAUUACCAUGAAGAAAGCCACGGGAGAAUUCCGUGGCAGUUCAAAAUAGAACUUGGGCAAGACCUCAAUUUGUUUGAAUCCUGGGGAACUCUUGUAUUACCAGAUUUUGACCCAAUUCUUUCCGUCCAAUUCGGAGACUAUAUGUCAGACCUGAACGCAAUUCCAGCUGUGGAAGAUGUCAUUGUAUGGCAGCAUCCAUGUACUCCGGGAGUCGCUGUUUUGGUUCCUGUGUUUGAGGUGAAAGAGUCUUUCACAGGAUGCUACAUGGCUGUAACCCAUGGAAGUUUCACAUCAAACACCACACAUUGGUAUGAUCUCCUUCACCGCUCAUCUGGCAAACCAGAUAACUACUCUAUCUGCAAAGAAAGUUCGUUUACCAGUUGUGAAAAACUGUCAAUUUUGGACUUAGCUGUGUUUAACAACCACAUUUUGCUUGUAACCUCAAAAGGUGUGUUAAGGUCGGAAUCGAUCGAUGAAGCCUCAGGACUUAACAUAAGAAAGCUCAAGUUUCAAAGAGUACCCAAUAUACAUCCGAUAAUCGAGCAAGCGUUCAAAGAUGGGACAGUGGAACGUGACAGAAUCAAGUUGCAUCAUACAGUUCACUGUGAUAGACACGAGAUAUUGAUCAAAGAGCACGCGGUACAUUUGGUUUAUACGCCGGCUAGCGGGGAAUAUUCUAUUCUUCUAACAAGCAAACCUCCCUUUAAUAUAUGGUCUCCUAUAAAGCUUCCUGACCAAAUGAAGUCUUUCACUGUGCUUGGUGUCGCUUGGGACAUUCAAAGAACUACAGUGGUUUUGCUUGUGAAGGACCCUUUUAAGGUACAAUGUUUGGUCGCAGUACUUCAUCUACAGACAUUCCGACUUAUGCAGCCCAUUUUUCGAUUCCCAAAUCAUGUCAAAUUUAAAAGGAUUAAUAUGCAUGUUCACACUCAUGUUAUUUUCGUCUAUGGAUCCCAGGUGUGGUUAUCUCUAGACGGAGGAAACUCGUUUAAUAAGAUGCUGGAUACACAGCUCCGAGGUGAUUCUGUAUCGUCAAUUUUUACCAAUGCCCUGGGAGAUGCAUUUGCAUUGGUUACAAGUCUUGGUGCUGUGUACAGUGGCUGGUCAGGUAUUCCGCGAGUCAGUCGCAUUGAGCCACCUGCAUCCUUUACCGAGUGCUCCCUUAAGCUGCCUUAUUUUCAGCAUGAUAAGUUGGUCAACAUAAUUUGCGUGCAGAACGUAUCAAGUGAGCUGAAAUUCAGUACUUACAGUAUUGAUCUAGCUUCACAAAUCAAAGCAGACAUGAUUUUCCUUCACAGGCCUCUUCUUGUUCAUUUUGUAUCUGAAAGAAAAGUGGAAUUUUUAGCCUUUUGCGGAGAUGCCUUUUUCUCAGAUCAGAUUGGUUGUUCUGACUCGUUUCAGCAAUCUGAUGUUGGACGCGUAGUGCGAACAAAAAAUGGGGGCUCAGCAUUGAUAACUGAGGUGUACGACAGCAAACUCACGAGCGAGUUUAGUGCGCUUGUCACUGCUCUUGUUAUUAAACCAUUCGGUCUUGUUGACAGAUCAGACUCUCCAGCACUCCAUUACACUCUUCAAUUAAACAUUACAGGUUCACAUGCUGAAUUGCACCUGCAGAACUCAGGAAACGAUUCGGGCUGGCAAGGGGCAGACAUCGGUAAGACGGUUCUUCUGUUCAAUGGGAUAAGUCUGAUUCUGACGGCGUGCAAAAGUCUUUCAUCCGCUACUGGAAGGUUACCAAUGUCAUGGGAUGAUACUGGAAUUUACACUGAAUUUUUUGAAGAAGGAAUGUGGUACCUCAUGGAUUUUCGUCCUUUUAAUGGCUUUCGUCCGCUAAGCACUCCAGUUCUUCAAGUGCGCCAAACGGAUCUUAAUCAUGCCAUAGCAGAGCUGUUAAAUAAUGAUCAGUUCUCAUUUUCAAGUGAUUUUGUCGGGCAUGUCUUAAAAUAUGACCACAAGUGGGGCUUGAUUACCUCUGUCAGUGAUGCCUCAGUCGAUAUCAAGAGCCCGGGUGACUUGGAGCCGGGUAACUAUACCAAUAACUGGGGUGUUUACAAAGCGCAAGUCAGUAAUAAUUCGUACAUCCCUUAUAUUCCAAAGCCUCAAUUUCAUGGUUGGUGGUUGGCAGAAGACGAGUGUCGACAUUUCCUUUUCGAAGAGCCGCCCAGUAAGAUAGAACUCUACCAUUUGGACUCUGGCGAAAGUCUUAACUUUACCCUCCGCGUAAUAUUCAAAGGAGAAGUAUAUAAAAAUCCCACGAAACCUUUAGUGAGGCUGUUUAUUGGAAAACCUUCCCUGUUUUAUGUGAAGUCAUCUUAUCGAUACCAAAACAUGAAUCACACUCUCCAAGUCACUUUGACAAAAAGACCUUUUAUCGUUGGAAUAUCGUCAGUCUCUGUUAGAUUAGAACAAACUGUUUCUCUGAUAUGCAAGGAGGCAUCUUAUACCGUACACGGGGGCUGUCCACCGGAUAAAAAGCUACGUUUCUUGUAUCCUACAUCAUUUUCUCUUGAUGCAUUUUUAGAUUCGGAAAUAACUGAUUCCAAAGGCAUAGUGAGGAACAUAAAAGUACCUUUCAACUACAGAACUCCUUCUUCACGAGGCAAAGCAAUACCAAUGUCGGAAAAUACUUACAACGUGGACCCACAAAAACCACUUUACAAAACCACGUAUGCUAUCACUAGAAACACACUUCGAUAUAAACAAUGUAGAGGAAAAAAAAUUCGCUCUGAUUGUGGAUGUUCGAGGCAAAUGAGAGGGUCUUCUCUUGUUGAGCAUUCGGACUGCAUCGAUACUGUCUACCGCGUUAUGUUCAGUGAAAAAUUAAUUCUACGCUUUGUGGUGUUAGAAGAGCAUAAGGAAGAAGAACCUCUACGUUUCCCAUUUUAUCUUGAAGAACUGAAUCAAAGGAAAGAUUUCAUAGUACUUUCCCCGAGUGAUCUCACUUUUGUUGGAAUAUCACCGCCAGUGUUAGAACAGAGUCUUAACAGUUCGAUACAGUUUGAAGGCUCGGGCUUGUAUCAUUUUCGUGCUCGAGUUGUACAAGAGAAUUACACUUUCGGUAUCUUGACAGAUGAAUUUGUGGUUUUUGUCGUCGAUACUCCUUUGCCUUUUCCUGUGAAUGACGUUGUAAGAGCCUGCACGGGAAUGGGAUUUGCAAGUUUGUUAUUUAUUGUUUAUAUGAAACACUUUCAUGGGAAGAAGAAGAUGAAGAAUGAUUAG